AUGGGGGUCAUGCUAUUUUGGGGCCCAAACUGCUGGAAAUUCAGCACGGUGUGGGCAGGAUGUGCUAGAGCCCAGGUUUCCAAGUCAAUGGUGUUGGAGAGACUGUCCCGUCAGCACCGUGAUCGGGGCCACCAAGUCAGGCAUUUUGAGGACGUGUUUCCCAAGCUUUUGGCCAAGGAGCUUCUUGACCUCGUGGCCUCUCACUUCAAUCUGAAGGAGAAGGAGUACUUUGGAAUCGCAUUCACAGAUGAAACGGGACACUUAAACUGGCUCCAGCUAGAUCGAAGAGUAUUGGAACAUGACUUCCCUAAAAAGUCAGGACCUGUGGUUUUAUACUUUUGUGUCAGAUUCUAUAUAGAAAGCAUUUCAUACCUGAAGGAUAACGCCACCAUCGAGCUCUUCUUUCUGAAUGCUAAGUCCUGCAUCUACAAGGAGCUUAUUGACGUUGACAGUGAAGUGGUGUUUGAAUUAGCUUCCUAUAUUUUACAGGAGGCAAAGGGAGAUUUUUCUAGCAAUGAGGCUGUGAGGAGCGACUUGAAGAAGCUGCCGGCCCUUCCCACCCAAGCCCUGAAGGAGCACCCUUCCCUGGCCUACUG